AUGCUAGCGAUGAUGAUUUGGACGAAGAUGCUAGCGAUGAUGAUUUGGACGAAGAGGCUAGUGAUGAUGAUUUGGACGAAGAUGCUAGUGACAAUGAUUUAGAUGGGGAUGCUGACGAUGAUGGAAAAAAUAUUACGGGUUUAACUAACAGGAGAGCAGCGUUGAAUAAAUAUUCAGUAAAUAAUUUGGAGAAUGAUGUUAAUGACGAAGAAAUUGCAUUCGCUGAAAGCGACAGCGACAUGGACGACCUACUUUCCAAAGAGGAUGAUAGUGAAAACGAUCUCGAUGGUGCUUUAAAAUGGAAAUCCGAUUUGUCCGCCAAGGCCAAAGAUAUGUUUCUUUCUAAUCGGAGAAUAAACAUUAUGAAGCUAAUUUAUGAUAAUGAGAAAACACCCGAGGAAGUUUCACGUGUUAACCUUAUACAUACAGACAGAAUAGUUCAAGAAUGCGAGAAUAAAAAGAAUAGUUCUACUUCAACGAAUGAUAAUGACGACGAUGAUGAUUUUUUAAAGAUUAAGAAAUCUGACACCGGGGACUCGGAAAUAUUGAGUGCAAUCGAUUCCUCUAAACCAUUUUUUGAUUCGACUAAUCUUGAUGAAUGGGAUGACGAAACGGUUCUCGAAUCUAUUCGAAAUCGAUUCAUUACGGGAAGUCUAGAAGACGAGGAUCUUGAGGCAGAUGAUAUUUCUGAUAAUGAAGCCCAUGGGGAUUUUGAAGAUCUUGAAACUGGUGAAGAGGUUAAGGCAAAAAAGUCAGAAGAGGAACUUGAAAAGGAGGAACUCUCUCAGAAACGAGCAAUUUUAAAGAAAAAAUUUGACGCAGAAUAUGAUGAUAAGGAUGAUAAGCCUAAAAUGGAUUUUUAUGAUGAGAUGAAAGAUGAAAUUGCCAAGCAAUUGCAGCUUAAUCGCGACGAAUUUGAAGACGAUGACCCACUUACUAGGGCAAUGGUUGAAGGAUUUCGUCCUGGAACAUAUGUUCGGAUUUUGCUGAAAGGAAUGCCAUGUGAAUUUGUCAAAUACUUUGAUCCAACAUACCCAAUUAUUGUUGGAGGCUUACUCACCACGGAAGAGAAUCUUGGCUUUAUUCAGUUGCGCAUUAAACGUCACCGAUGGCAUAAAAAAAUCCUUAAAACGAAGGAUCCUCUCAUAUUUUCCUUGGGAUGGAGACGAUUUCAAUCAAUACCUAUUUAUUCUUUAAAUGAUGGUACGCGAAACAGAAUGCUUAAAUAUACUCCAGAGCACAUGCAUUGCCUGGCCAUCAUAUACGGGCCAAUUCAUCCACCGAACACUGGAUUCUGUGCUGUGCAAUCAGUAAUCGAGAACGUCACCUCGGAUUUCCGUAUAAGUGCCACGGGAGUGAUCCUUGACAUCAAUCAUUCGGUUGAGAUUGUUAAAAAGUUAAAGCUGACCGGUACACCGUACAAAAUAUUUAAAAACACUACCUUUAUAAAGGAUAUGUUUACCUCUGCAUUAGAAGUAGCAAAAUUUGAAGGGGCUGCUAUAAGAACAGUUUCGGGUAUCCGUGGGCAGAUUAAGAAGCCUUUAUCGAAACCAGAAGGCCAUUUUCGCGCAACUUUUGAAGAUAAAGUGUUGAUGAGUGAUAUAAUAUUCUUAAGAGCUUGGUACCCCAUUAAACCUCCGAAAUAUUAUAAUCCUGUUACAUCAUUAUUAUUGUCUUCGAAGACUGAGUGGCAAGGAAUGCGUUUGACCGGACAAAUCCGCAGAGACUUGCAAGUUGCUACGCCCAUAAAGUCCGAUUCUCAGUACAGAAAAAUCGAACGAAUGAGUCGCCGAUUUAAUCCACUUUAUAUUCCGACAUCAAUACAAGCAGCUUUGCCAUUUGCAUCUAAGCCAAAACUUCUUAGAAAAAGGUCUAAGCCCUCAUAUUUGCAGAAACGUGCAGUGGUCUUAGAACCAAAGGAAAAGAAGGUUCACACAUUUAUGCAACAAAUACAAACACUGAAGAAAGAAAAGGAUCGAAAACGUAAAGAAAAACAAGCAAUAAAAAGAGUGGAGCAUAGUAAAAAAGUCGCUCGAGAAGAAGGAAAACUUGCAGAGAAGGAAAAAAGAGAAAGAAAAGAAUACUUUAGAAGAGAAGGGUUAUCGCAAAAAAGAAAUGCAAAUUCGGAUACCAGAAAAUCUAAAAAGUCCAAAGUUGAGUAA